CUGUCUUCUGCACCCAUCACACCUCGAAAGCCGAAGAAGCAUCGCACCGCAGCGGGCUCGACACCGCCUCCAGGGCCCAGCUCUCGCGAGAAACUCGGCUGCUCUCUCAUCUUCUCUGACCCUGCUGGUAACUGAGAGGAAGUUCCGGAGAGCCGCAGCGCGCAAACGCGACACGCCAACUUUGCUCCAGCGCGCCGCAAGUGCGCAGGCGCCGCAGCUCUGCUGCUCUUCCUUGUCCCUCUCCCUUCUAGUCUGGCCGUCGGGUCCUAUGUCGCGCCGGGCCCUCCGGAGGCUGAGGGGGGAACAGCGCGGCCAGGAACCCCUGGGGCCCGACGCCCUGCAGUUUGCCCUCCGUGACGACGAUGACGCGGAGGAAGAAGGACCAAAACAAGGGUCGGGUAGCCAGCGCCCCAGGGGUGCUGGUAAGGAAGGCGUCUGUGUCAACAACCGGUUCGAGCUGAUAAACAUUGAGGAUCUUGAAGAUGACCUUGUGGUAAAUGGGGAGAGGUCUGACUGUGCCCUGACAGACACUGUGGUAUCAGGGAACAAAAGAAGGGCUCAACAUGGAAAUCCAGAGACCAGGAGAGAUGGAGACAUGACCAAGGCAGGAUCCCCAGAACAGUCUAAUGCAAGUGGCAAACUCCGAAAGAAGAAAAAGAAGCAGAAAAAUAAGAAAAGCUGCACAGGAGAAUCCUCGGAAAAUGGGCUAGAAGAUAUUGAUCGCAUCUUAGAGAGGAUUGAGGACAGUGGUGGAUUCAACCGUCCAGGCCCUCCUCCACUGAGCUCCAGGAAGCAUGUCCUAUAUGUGGAGCACAGACACUUGAAUCCAGACACAGAGCUGAAAAGAUAUUUUGGUGCUCGGGCAGUCCUGGGAGAACAAAGGCCUCGGCAGAGACAGCGUGUGUAUCCCAAGUGUACGUGGCUGACGACCCCUAAGAGCACUUGGCCCCGAUAUACCAAACCAGGUCUAUCAAUGCGACUGCUGGAAUCCACGAAAGGCCUGUCCUUCUUUGCAUUUGAGCACAGUGAGGAAUACCAACAAGCACAGCACAAGUUCCUGGUAGCUGUGGAGUCCAUGGAGCCAAACAACAUCGUAGUUCUGCUCCAGACAAGCCCCUAUCAUGUUGACUCACUCCUGCAGCUCAGCGAUGCCUGCCGCUUUCAAGAGGAUCAAGAGAUGGCCCGAGACCUUAUAGAGAGAGCGCUGUACAGCAUGGAGUGUGCAUUCCACCCCUUGUUCAGUCUCACCAGUGGGACUUGCCGGAUGGAUUACCGCAGACCUGAGAACAGGAGCUUCUACCUGGCGCUCUACAAGCAGAUGAACUUCUUGGAGAAGCGAGGAUGCCCACGCACUGCGUUGGAGUACUGUAAGCUCAUCCUGAGCCUUGAGCCAGACGAGGACCCCCUGUGCAUGCUGCUGCUUAUUGACCACCUGGCCUUACGGGCCCGGAACUACGAGUACUUGAUACGUCUCUUUCAGGAAUGGGAGGCUCAUCGGAACCUGUCCCAGCUCCCAAAUUUUGCCUUCUCAGUUCCAUUGGCAUAUUUCCUUCUGAGUCAGCAAACAGACCUCUCUGAGCAUGAGCUCACCUCUGCCAGGGAACAGGCCUCCCUCCUGAUCCAGCAGGCGCUCACCAUGUUCCCUGGAGUUCUCAUGCCAUUGCUCGAGUGUUGCAGUGUGCGGCCUGAUGCAGCAGUCUCAAACCACCGUUUCUUUGGGCCAGAUGCUGAGAUAAGCCAGCCCCCUGCCCUGAGCCAGCUGGUGAGUCUGUACCUUGGGAGAUCACACUUUCUCUGGAAAGAACCCACAACUAUGAGCUGGCUGGAGGAAAAUGUCCGAGUGGUUCUGCAGGCAGUGGAUGCUGGAGACCCUGCCGUGGAAGCCUGUGAGAACAGGCGGAAGGUGCUCUACCAGCGUGCUCCCAGAAACAUUCACCGCCAUGUGAUCCUCUCUGAGAUCAAGGAGGCUGUCGCUGCCCUGCCCCCGGAUGUGACCACACAGUCUGUGAUGGGGUUUGACCCUCUGCCUCCUCUGGACACCAUCUACUCCUACAUCAGACCAGAGAGGCUAAGUCCAGUCAGUCAUGGAAACACAAUUGCCCUCUUCUUCCGGUCCUUAUUGCCAAAUUACACCACGGAGGGGGAAAGACUGGAAGAAGGAGUGGCCGGGGGCCGGAACCACAACCAAGGUUUGAACAGGCUGAUGCUUGCUGUACGCGACAUGAUGGCCAACUUCCACUUCAACGACCUGGAAGCACCUCGAGAGGACAACCCUGAGGGCGAAGGGGACUGGGACUGAGUCUUCCAGAGGCUGCACCCAGCAAUGUAUAAUUAUGUUCCGGAUUUAUUUUCUGGUUGGAAUUGACCAGUUCCCUGAAGUAGAAAUGCUGACCAUGUCAUCAACCUGUGUCUUUGUUUUCCCUAUAAAUGUGAGUGGGU